UACAACUGGUGUGAAAAAUAGGAAGUGACAGCGGGAGGCGUGACUGUGUGUUUAUGAAAAGCUGAGCGCUGAAGGCGUGAACGCUCACAGCGCUGUGCUCGAGCAUCACAAUCACCGGGAACUACAAGGUGCACAAGAUGACGAAUUCUACCAAUGGCUGUGUGACCAUUGAAAGUAACAGCAGUGCCAGCGUAUUCAUUGACUCAAAAUUUCGUUACACUGUCUUUCCCAUAUUCUAUGGCCUGGUCUUUGCCUUGGGGUUGUUGGCCAACAGCUACGCUCUUUAUGUGCUGCACCAUAUGCGGGAAUCUAAAGCCAUGAAUGAGAUUCGAAUCUACAUGACCAACUUGACCGUUGCAGACUUGCUGUUUGUGUUUGCUCUACCGUUCUGGAUUUAUUACUACAAAAAUGACGGUCACUGGGAACUCCCAGAUUUCCUCUGUCGUAUCGCAGGCUCGUUUUUCUUCAUCAACACAUACUGCUCUGUUUUCUUCCUUGCUGUCAUCAGCAUUAACCGUUACUGGGCCGUUACCAGGCCGCUGGUGGCCGCUUCUUCUGACUGCUGGAAACGUGGCACAAUCGUCUCCGCGUUCAUCUGGGUCAUCACUCUUGCAGCUACAAUUAAAUAUCUUAUUCAAGAGGGAAUCCAGAAGGACAAUCGCUGUUUUGAGGGUUAUCAAAACCAGGAACCCUCUACAAUAUACCUAGUGGCCAUCUCCCACUUCAUCAUUAUUGGCAUAUUCUUUCUUGUUUUCUUGAUGGUGAUUGUCUGCAACAUUUUGAUUGCUCGAGCUCUUUUGACGCAACCCAUCAGUCAGCCUCGAGCCAGCACAGGAAAGCGUGCCGGUGGUAAUAAACGGAGAGCUUUGAGGAUGCUGUGUGCUGUCAUAGGCGUCUUUGUGAUCUGUUUCCUGCCCCACCACGUGGUGCAAGGUCCCUGGGUGUUGUCUGUGCUGCACUUGAAGAAAGAUUGGUGCAUGGAAACUCACCAAAGGUUAAACGAUGCUCACCAGAUCACCCUCAUGCUUAUGGGGCUCAACUGCCUACUGGACCCGCUGGUGUAUUGCUUCGCCACUACAAUGUUCCGCAAGUACAUCCAGAACCAUUUCACAAAGGUCACGCAAAACAAAAACUAUUCACGCAACACAUUAAGCACAGCUAUGUCACUGAAGAGCAGACAUGAAAGUGAAAUGUGAAGAUCAUAAAACUGCUGAGAAAUAUUUGGGGUGACCGUGAGACUGGGCAAAUGAUGACAGAACUUUCAUUUUAUGUGAACUAUCCUUAUAAAUGUAAUAAAAUUAUUGACAUGAUCUUCAAUUGCUGCCUCUUGCAGACAAACAAGAGAAUUCAAACUCUUCAAAUUAUUCAAUGCAUAUGAUAAAUGCUUUAUAUACUAAAAUAUUAUGCUUCUUCCACCUGAUAUUUGAUUCAUAUAUUGUCAUAUUGUCUUUUAAAGAAAUAAUUCACCAAAAAAAGUAAUGUGCAUGAUUUUUCUUCUUCUUCUGUGUUAUUUUUGGGUGAACUAUGCCUUUAAAUGAUUGCACUUGUGUAGGUGGAAUAUCUAUAUUGGUUAAGCAAACAUAUUAUCUGUAAAAGGGUUGUUGUUUUUGGUAAGAUGGUGUUCAUUCUUGUGUUAAACAAAUGAAAACAUGAUGUCAUAUCAGUAGACAAUCUUCUCUAGAAUAAGGAUGACAAAUGAGUAAAGAGGAUGCUGCGGUUUUUCUGACCAAACCAAAAUGUGAUAAGAACAGAAGACAGCUCAAUUGUUUUUUAGACAUAAUGCAGAUGAAAGAAGCUACAUAUUUCCUAUAAUACUAGAGCUUCAAUGUCCAUCUUAAAAAAGGGAGAGAUUGUGGUGUUGCUGAAGAGUUUGGAUUAUUUUCCCUAAUAUAAAUUGCUCUUCGUCAAAAGAUGGCCAAUUGAUUUCUGUCUCAUGUUAAUAUGACAGCAAAUAUUUAUUAUACUACCUUGCUUGUUUUGAAGUAGCUCUGUGAGGAGCAUUCAUGUGGGCAAGUUCUUAUGCCACAAAGGAAACCCAUGUAUUCUUUUGCAAUGGUUUGUUUACCAGAAUGGAGAACUUGCACCGCACACAUCCCCUUGAAAUGUGCACUUAAACUUUUAAAUGACCAAUAAACUGCCCUUUUCUUGAUCUCUUAUAUAUUUUUAUAAGAUAUUUAUAUCUCUUUUUUUAUUUAUAUGUAAUGCUUUGCAAAGUCAUACUUUUUUAUAUAUAUAUAUAUAUAUAUAUAAAAUAUGGGUUUAAAUUCCCAGUAAUGUCUUGCCAUUUAUUAUUGUUUAACAAGGUGUGGACAUGAGCUGUGUGGUACUUUAGACAAUUAUUCAAUGAUUUUUCUUUCCUUGUAGCAUUAGCAAAUUGUAAAACAGCAUAAUGCUUGUAUGACAGUUGUUUCUGCUUAAUCUUUCUCAGCAAUUAACUUCUGCAUUAAGCAGGAAGUUUUGCAAGAUGGUGUAAAGUUAUGAAACUCCAAACCUCUGUGACUUUCUUCUGUGGAACCUAAAGGAGAUGCUAUGGAGAAAGUUAGGGACUUGGGUUUUUGUUGAAAUAAGGCUUUGAAUGUCAUGUAAACCAAUCAGCACUAAGAAGGCAAACUAAUAAUAAUAAUAAAAACACUGAACUGUA